UCGAAGGGGAAAGGGAAGGUGGUCGGGGCAGCGCGACACUUGGGGAGGGGAAGGAGUCUGGCAGCGGCCGGCGCUCCGGGGGAAGGGGUUGGGCAGGGUUAGCCGUGGGUGGCACCGUGGCAAGGAGCCGACCUUGGUGGUUUUGGUUUUUUUUUUGUUAUUAUAUUUUUGUAAGCCAAUUAUAUGCUGACACCUAUUUUAUAAAUUGUAAUAUUAAUGGAUGAGGCAAAAUUGAGAUCAAUCGCGGCAAUUUUUCGCGUUAAACCCUCUUUGACAAUUGAAUGAAUUUUCCGGUUUUCCCUUUCCUUUUGUAGGGAGUACCAAAAUUCCAAAAACACUUGUAAGCUUGAUUGUUCUUCCCCAAAUUACACCGGAAACAGAAAAAAGCAACACCAAUGGCGGGAAUGGAGGUGGAGAUCGACGAGACAGAUAUCAAAGCCGCCGGAGGCGCCGCCUUGUCCGACGGACGCCGAGGGUUGCGUAUUCAUGGCUGGGAGAUCGAAACUUCCAAGCGCUCUAUCCUCACUUCUCCUGAACUUCAACUUUGGGAAGAAAAACUAAAGACAACUCACUUUCCUGAGAUGAUAUUUGGAAACAGUUCUUUAAUUCUUAAGCAUUUAGCUAGUGGCACUAAAAUUCAUUUCAACGCAUUUGAUGCUUUAAUCGGCUGGAAGCAAGAAGCCUUACCACCAGUAGAAGUUCCUGCUGCAGCAAAAUGGAAAUUCAGAAGCCAACCAUUUCAACAGGUGAUAUUGGACUAUGACUACACAUUCACAACUCCUUAUUGUGGAAGUGAAAAGGUUGACACAAAUAGUGAAAAGGCUGGAGGGGACAUUUUAGAUGGUGGUUCCAGUGUUUGUUGGGAAGACUGUGAGGAGAAGAUUGAUAUGGUAGCUCUGGCUUCGAAAGAACCUAUUCUGUUUUAUGAUGAGGUGGUUUUGUAUGAAGAUGAAUUAGCUGACAAUGGAGUGUCACUUUUGACUGCUAAAGUGAGAGUUAUGCCAAGUGGUUGGUUCGUUCUCUUAAGAUUUUGGCUAAGAGUUGAUGGAGUGCUUAUGAGACUUCGGGACACUCGUCUGCACUGUGUUUUUGGAGAAAACUCAUUCCCUGUGGUUCUUCGGGAAAGCUGCUGGAGAGAGUGUACAUUCAGUGCCUUGGCUGCAAAAGGGUAUCCAGUUGAUGUUGCUUCAUAUAAUGAUCCAAGCAUCAUCAGCGAGAGGCUCCCUAUCAUCAAGCAUAAAACACAAAAGCUUAUAUUCAAUACCAAGACCACCAACCUGUAAGGCUGUUAACAUUUAUUUGUCAGCGGCUAUUCAUAACACUGAUAUACUGACUGAAUCUGAAAUGGAAUGAAAUUGUUUUUUAAUACCCAUCUAACAUAAUGAUGUUAUUCUGAAUGAGAAUUCCUUUCUGCAUGUAAAA